CUAAAAUCGAGAAAUCCUACUUUCCUGAGACUGACGCACUACAAGAUAUAAAAAUCGACAAACAACUAGUACUCUGACUAAAAUUAGUUAAGUCUAGUGACGAUUACCCAUCGGGAACCCUCAUAUACUUCAAGCUGUAUCAGAUCAACAAGAUACGAGAGCAAAAAAAUUAAGUGCUUUAUACAAGCUCGUGACAUAGAUAUUGGAUGCUGAAAACUAUAAGUUCUCUCCUUGAGGUCAUCCCGCACAAAACAAAGUUGGAUCCACCUUUCGUGUGCUGUAAUACCUAGCAGUCAAAAUACAUAAAUGGCAUCUGCAAUGAGAGAUGAAAAGGGAUACCCCCCUACCGAUAGAUAUAAUUUGGUGUAUCUAAUAUUCUUUAUGUGUGGUGUGGGAGGGCUCUUACCAUGGAACUUCUUCAUUAAUGCACAACGGUAUUUUGAUUACAAAAUGAGAGAUAGGACUCUCCCUCCAGAUGCUGAUUACACAGACCCUAAAUAUAUGACCCGUUCUCAAGUUCUGUUUGUUAGCUAUUUGGCAGUCUGCUCUUUAGUUCCUUUUUCCAUCAUGAUGGUUGCCAAUUUACUGCUAAUGAAAUGGUUUUCAUCGUUUUCCCGAUUUGCUGUUGGUAGUGUAUUGGUGUUCAUCGUGUUUCUCUUCACGGUUAUCCUUGUUUAUAUUGAUGUCAGUGCUCGUGCAUUUUUGGCCAUGACGCUUAUUUCGGUCGUGUUCCUUAACUGUGGUAGUGCUCUUGCUCAAGGUAGCGUAUUUGGUGUAGCAGCCAUACUUCCUUCCAAACAUAUUAAGGCUGCUUUAGAAGGGCAGGCUGUGUCUGGUAUUAUUGCAUCUCUGGCCAACAUUAUAUCUAUUGCGACUUCUUCCUCAGUGACCACUAAUGGAUUAGUUUACUUUUUGGUUGCUCUAGUUUUCAUCACCGCCACAGCUGCUAUGUUCUUGGUUCUUCCUAAAAUUGGCUAUUUUAAAUAUUACUGGAACAAUAAAGACUUACCAGAUAACAAUAAUAUUGAAUCUGAUCCAUCAUUAAAAGAAGUGAAACAUGAUAAUAACGAAUCUCAAGAACUAGUUAUUAGCAUAAAUAAGAGUGGAAUUUUAUCAGCAAUGAAAGAAACAUUUCUUCCCGGAAUUUGUGUUUUAAUCACAUUGAUGAUUACUCUCUCAAUAUUCCCAGCAGUUGCAAGACUUAUCAGACCUAUCACAGUUAUCCCUCAAGAUCUGUGGACAAAUGUUUAUUUUGUGCCAGUACUUGUGUUUCUUUUGUACAAUGUUGGUGAUUGGUGUGGAAGGAUGCUAGCUGGUUUUAUAAAAUGGGACAUUUUGAACAGAUUGAGCUUUCUGGUUGACAUCAGUGACACAGUCCUGGUUGUUGACCUCACAUGACACGGCUUAAAGUCAUUCUCAGCGAAACAAGUGUGCUCAAUCUUUAUUUUCCUUUAAAUCUUGAAUUUAGUGUUACUCCAUAACUCAUAUUUUACUAACUUUUAUUCUUUAUAUUUAUUGUUUUACUGUAAUUAGUAUCAUUAUUUCCUCUACUUUAUAUUUUGUUCAUUAGUUUCAUCGUUGAUAUAAAGUGUAAUAAUAUAUUUCUGCGAGCUCUCACGUUGUCACUAACGUACUAUUUUUUCCUAGUAUCUUGUAUUAUUUUACUCAACGUAUCUUUUUAAGUCUUUAUACUUUAUACAACGUAAAAGUUGACUACGAGUUGAAAUAUCUUCAAACCGUUGAACUUUUAUUAGUGGUGGACAUGUUAUUUUGAAUUUGUUUAAUAUAUAUGGGUUCGUACAAUGAAAUAUUUUCCUUUUGAAAAUAAAUUGGUCUUUACUAAUAUUGAAACUAUUCACAGUUAUAUUAUUAACAAUUUAUAAUGCCGAAUACUUCUGUUCUAAAUUUGUCACGAUAUUGGUCAUUAAUCAGUUUUCCGUUCCCCACUUUAUCACUGUGAAUGAUUAGCCCACUUGCUUUUGAAAAUUAAUUUCAAACUUCGCAACUGAUAUAUUACUAAGGAUUUUCUUAACAUCAAUAUUUAUUGACCACUUUGUACUAGUGAUUUAAUUAAGCAAAGUGUAAAAAUCUCACCAAGUUCAUAAUUGGUCGAUCCGUUUAUCAUAAAUGUGAAUAGACUGAUGUAAUUGCUAGCAUGAAUACCAUUACAGUAAUAUGAUAGAAUUAUAAAUUAAGAAUGUCAAAUUAAAAACUCGAGAAAUGACCAAUUGGAAGUGUAUUGUGAACCAGUUAACAAACUACCGUACAGAUUUAAAUGAAAAACCGAAAAUGUCCAAUUUAGUCAAUUUGAUGGAGGUGAAGUUUCUUCUCAUUUCAUUGAAAUUGCAUGGAACAAAAUUGAUGGUUAAUCAGUCGCAACGUAAAACCUGGUACGUAUACACGUCAGAUCAAGUUGCCACAUCCUAUUAGCUGAGCGGGAUCAAAUUGUUAGGAUGAUUCCUACAGUGUUAGAGGUAGUAGUAUUAGUGAUACUAGAGAAGACUAGGCAACGAAGAAAUGAUUCAAGAAAAUUAGUGGGGUAAAAAUUAUAAAGAAUUAGGAGGCUAGGAUCUGAGGAAAGACAAAGAAUGAUAUACUUGCGCCAUUGCAAAAGAUUUUGAGCCAACCAUCAGUCUCUAAUCAAUAGUUACGACAGUCACACAGACUUCAACCAGGUUGUCUACAUCUGUCAACAUGGCUUAAUCCGAUUGUCACUUACUUUAUGAACUUGUGCCAUGACUUUGUCGCCUCCAACUUUCUUCCAACCCACUCCUACAGCUCACAACAUCGCCCGUCGAUAUAGGCGAUGGUCGGGCAUACGUAACAUAUGUCCAAACCACCCAGUCGAUGAAGGUUUACUACGUCACCAAUUGAUUUCAUAUCUUUACCUAAUAUCCUAUCCUUUAACCCAGUCAUUCUUUACUCAGUGGACCCAAAAUACAAGAGUAAUGCUUUGAAAAGACCUAUGGUCGAAUAUCCUAUUCUAUUCUAAAUGGUCAUGUUUCACACCCAUGAGGUAGAACAAAGCGAACUACUGUGCAGUAAACUUGUCUUUUGAUUGGUAGAUGUACAUCUCGCCUACUUCACAAGUAACGGAAGGUGGCAAAAGCCAAUUGAGCCUUCCGAAUCCGUGCCAAUAUUUCGUCGAACGCCAGUCCAUGAGGACUGAUAGAAUAAGUGAAGCUCUCGAUAGGCUCAAUUACUUCACUCCCUACCAUUAAUUCAGGCGCCGACGCAAGCCAAUGUUUUGCAUUUUCGCGGAGUAAACCGCAAACGUGGUUGUACUGUUAUUUAAGGCUGUCAGAUUUAGGGUGUCUUCAUCAAACAAAACUAAAUCAUCUGUGUGUUCUUAGUCAACAAGUGAAUUUCCCGGUUGACCAACCUCUGGAAAGUCAGACAAUGAGAGUUGGAAGAUCUGCACCCAGGUUAUAUUUAGUUAACUCUGCAACCACGCCUACCUAGGAGUGUUUCAUUAAAUAAAAGACCUUACUUGAUCUACUUUUCAUUGUGAUUAUUUAAUUGGACCUUGUUGUUUUUACGUGUUCAGAUCUAAUUCUUUUGUUGGCGAAGUCACUGAUUCAAAUUUUAAUCUAGUUAUAACUUGUUUUUUUCAUGUCCAAUUAUGCAAUGGUCCUAUUUGUUUUAAAGGAACUAGAGAGGUUAUUUCAUAACAUGAUUUUGUACAACUACCAUAAUUUCAAAAUAGCACAUCAACUGCGGUAAUGUGAAAUCUUUUUAUUGGGUCUUUUCUACAGCCUAGAAGAAAUCGAAUGCUAUUAGUCUUGUUAUUAUGUAUUCUACGUGCUGCUGUCAUCCCAUUAUGUAUGCUGUGUAAUGCACAACCUAGAUAUUAUUUACCAGUCGUAUUUAAACAUGAUAUUUUCCCAGCACUCAUAAUUCUAUUUUUGGGACUAACUAACGGUUAUCUAGUAUCGAUAUCAAUGAUACAUGGACCAAGUUUCGCAUCACCUGGUAAUCAAGAAUCCGCUGGUGCAGCAUUAAGUAUAUACUUAUCUUUUGGAUUAUCAUUUGGUGUUGCCAUAUCAGUUGGUUUAGCACAAGGAUUAUAAUCAAUUGUACGCGCGUUUGUUAGUGACUUAAUUUUAUCGAUGCAUCCAUCACAAAACAGUUGAAGAACAAACAAUUGACCUUUUUUGGCCACAUAUUUUCAUUAUUUAUUUAUUUGUAAAAGAAUGGAACAAUUAGUGUUUAAAUUUAAAACUUCUAUGAAUGUACAGAUGGUAAAAUUCAACAAGUACUAUUCUCCAUGAUUGUUGAAGGUGAUUCUGAGUUUGUUGUAUGUUCACUAUCUUCCUUGGGAUAUGAUGGUUGUAAUUUUGAUCGGAAAAAAUCAAAUAUAUGAUGUAAUACAGUACUAGGAAUAAGAUCAUGUUCUGUUGUGCCUUAAAUUAAAAGAAAAAAAGAAAAGAAAAAUAUUGAUAAGCAUUAUAACCGAGGAUGGAUGGUGGCUAGCAGUGGAAUCCAGGACUGAUGGACACAACUCAGGUAGCCUACAUCUCCCAACAAGGUCAGCACAUAUAAGACUGUAUCAAGAGAAAAACUCUACUGGUAAACUAAAUUAAAACAAGCACUUUAAAAGAGUAUUUAAAGGAUUACUAGCUAGACCCAAUUUCAUACAGAGAAUGAAGUGUUCACUGAUAAUGACCAGUUUAUCUACACGGUAUACAGCAUUGAGUCUAAUAAACUGACAGACGAUGGAAGUUCGAGAGUUAUUUGAAAAAAUGUAGCCUACGCUAUUUAUGGGAUCGAAAUGAAGAAAGAAAACGAAAUAUAAAUUUGAACAAACUGGACUUUAGUGCGGCUGUUGCUGAAUUUAAAUAGUAUAGAUGUAGCACUAAAAAAAAAACUUAAACCAUCAACUGAUUAAUUUUGUUUCCAUACCCUUUCUGAUAACAUUUAAUUUUAAUUUCCACAUUUUAUCUCAACUUGUUACCCAAACAGCUUUUCAUAAUAAACAUUAUUUAUUUAACGUCUAAGAUAUUUUCUAAUGAAUAUUUUAAUAUCUUACCAAUCAUAUUUAAGGGAUUUUUUUUCAAUCAACCUAUUAAUAAUCAUUAAAGUAAAAAUAAAUUAUAUGUUUUACGAAUGUACAGCUUUGAGUAUAGGUUCAUCGAAAAGAGUACUCUCGACCAAAAUAAUCUUUUUCGUUAUCACCUCAAUACAAUGCAAACGUGAAGUCCAUUACGUAAUAAUAAAAAAAAUUAUUUAUAAGUUGAUAGAUUUAUCAUCCAUUUACUGAAAUAAGGAUUACCUUUAGGAAGCAUUUCUCCGAUUUCAUCAGGAAUUGUAUUGACAGUCACAAGAGGUUUAUUAUUUUGUUGAGAUUGUUCAUAAUCAUUUGUAAUAAGAGGCAAAUUAUCAUUUGUAGGCUCC